AUGUCAGUGGUCGGUUGGACAAAGUUAACGUUAAACGAGUUAAGGGAUUUGUGUUUGUCUUGUGGUUUAGAUACGCUUGGUAAUAAAGAUGAGCUAGGGGAGAGAUUAAAUACCCAUUUUGAUAAGAAAAAAGGGAAAUUACCAUUGAAUUUGAAUGAUGCCGAUAUAGAGGGAGAUUUUGUUUCUAAAAAUGAAGAAUCUUUGGAAUUAGAGUCAUAUUUGGGCAGUGAAUAUAAUUUCAGAAAACAAGCAGGAAGUACAUCUGGAAUAUCACACUUGAGGAAUAAGGAUCCAAGUAAGAAGAAUAAUCAGCAUGUUGCUGAGGAAGGAAAGAGAGUAAUAAAAAAGAUGGAUGCGGUGCCGGUUGAUGUGUUUCUUUCUGCCUUGAAUAAUAUAGAAAGAAAGAUUGAUUAUAAUUUUGAGGCAUUGCAAGACCAACAUUUUAAAGAAACGGAACAAAAAAGUUUGCUGAGCAAAGCUUGGCCACGGGUUAAGUUGGAAAAGCCCUAUGACAAAUACGAAUAUGAUUUUUUGAUUGGGGUUGGAAAACAGCUUGAUAAGGCCAUAGGAAGACUAUCCGAAUAUGAUCAAAAAGAAUUUAUCGCUAUUAGGGAGGAAAUUGAAUCAUGUGCAGUUACUCUUCAGUUGGUGAAUGAUAGAGGAUGGAAGGUGGCAUUACAAGUGGUUGGAGGAAAUGACAAGAUGAUGCAAAAAUAUAAAGACCAAAUUGGAAUGGUAACAAGCGCUUUACCUUCAAUAGGAGCAAAUACUUGGAACUACAGUAGAAAGUUUUUUAAAAGAAAUUAUAGGAAGUCACAAAUUAAAAGAAAGUAUAGGGUAGAGUCUGCAUCUACUUCUUCGGAAUCAGAAUCGGAGGAAAGGAAUGCAAACAAAAUUGAGCUUGAAAGAGGUCAAUGUAGAGCAAUCGGUAGUGGGAAAGAUUCAUCGAAUUUCAUCUCAAGCGUAUUGACGCCAAAAAAUCAAGCCCUCGCCGGUAAUUUUGGACUGGUUAAAGUAUGGAGUACCGCUUUGGUCAAAAGAGGUUAUGCCUUUAGCAGUAAAACCAAAUCUGAAGCAGUAUCCGAUUACUACAGAACAGACAGA